AUGACCGAAAAAAUGUCUUAUAAUGGCGAAAACAUUAAACAGCCAAAUGUUGGAUGGUUUUUCUCAAGAAAAUAUAUUACUGAAAACGAUGCUUAUUUAUUUGAUAAACAAAUAGCUACAAUUUGUGCAAAUUAUGGAAAGAUUGGAUUUUCUUUUAUUACUUACCCAAUUGGGGGUAUUUAUCGGUAUAAUUGUCAAAUAAAUAAAAAUAGAAAUGCUCGGCCUAUUCACCUUCCAGAUUUGCAAAUGGGGAUUCAAUUUUGGCAAAAAUAUGUUAAUUGUGCAUUGUCUAGUUGGAUUGAUCCAGAUUCUCCAGAUGAAUGGAUUGCUGAUUUUUCUGCACAAGAAUUUAAAAAAGAAAUGGAUUAUGCUAGAUAUUUAGGAGUUAAUAAUGUUUUGAUUGAAUUGAAACACUCAGAAUCUCCAAAAUUGGCAAAAUUAAUUAACAAUUUUUUGGAUUCUUCUAAUUGUGAAUUGAGUUUUUGGAUUCUUCUCCCAACAAACUCUUAUCUUUUUAAAAAUGAAGAUUGUUGGCUUGUUUGGAGAAAUUUUCGAACACUUUGUAAUAAUUGUAACCAUUUAUUUGUUGGGUUGGCUUUUACUGAGGAUUUGGGGGAUGAAUUUGCAUCUUAUAAACAAAUACAGAGGUGGAAAGCUGAACCGCUUUCUUUUAUUCGAAUUGACUACUCACUUUUUGUUCGAGGAAAUGGAUCAGAAUUAAAACUUACAGAUGUCCAUUCAAAAUUGCUCAAAAAUUUAUUUUUAAAUAAUCAAUGUCAACAUUUACUUUUAUCUUCACUUAAUUAUGAUGAAUUAAAUGAAUUAGUUUUUGAAGAAAUGUUAAAUGGAUCUCUUGAUUGUAUAAAAGAAAAUAAUUGUAAAAGAGUAAUCGAAGAAGAAUUUUUGGAUGAAUAUAUGGAUGUUUUGCAGAUUCCCCUUCAACCAUUAUCUAAUAGCCUCGAUUCUUCUGUUUAUAAUACUUUUGAACAAGACAAACCAAAAUAUUUGCAAUACCAAAAAGCAAUCAAAACUGCAUUAGAAGACCUUUUAUUACAAAAUUUUGAAAAUAUUAUUUUAAUUAUUUUGGGUGCUGGAAGAGGGCCUUUAGUUAAUGCUUCUCUUUCAGCUAUAGCUGAAGCUAGAAAAACUUUUAAAUAUCAAAAAGAAUUUUCUGUUAAAAUUUAUGCUGUCGAGAAAAAUCCAAAUGCUAUAAUUUCUUUACAAUAUUGCAAUGAGGAAAGAUGGAAGAAUUCUGUUUCCAUAAUUCAGAGUGAUAUGCGUUCCCUAACUUUAUUUUUAGAAUCAAAAGAAAUUGAAAAACCAGAUAUUAUUAUUAGUGAAUUAUUGGGAUCUUUUGGAGAUAAUGAACUUUGCCCUGAAUGUUUGGAUGGAGUUAAUAAUAUUUUGAAAGAAAAUACAAUUUGUAUACCUUCUUCGUAUAGAAAUUUUUUGAGUGAGGGAUUUUUUUUAUUUUGA